GGGGAACCAGUUCAUGGAUGAGCUUUCAGCCGAGUAUUCCCUUAUUGCAUAAAGGAGUGUUUGGCCAAGAUGGUAAACACAGAGCAAGAAAAACCAUACCAUGGCAGCAACAGCGAUAUCGGCCAAUGACAAACCAUCUAGUCAUACCAUCUGUUGAUCACUUAUUUUGCCAAUGUGCUGGACCUCUAUCCCUAUGGUAUCGCAUUAUGAAAUGGUGGGGUUUCUGCUGGUGUCCCUCUGCUGAUAUUAAUGACAUGUUUGAACAAUGGGAGUCUAUGGUUUCACAAGGGACCACACAGAGGAAAAUAUGGUGCUUAUUGUUCUAUGUGGUUGUGUGGUCUAUUUGGAAGGCAAGAAAUGAGCUGAUCUUUGAAGGAAAGAAUGUCAACUGGCUGGAUAUAUAUCAUUUAAUUUUUGUUCGAUUGAAAUACUGGGCUACUUACAUAGUGCCUCAUUUCCCUUAUCAAAGUUUUCAGCUGGCUCAGUCCUCGGAGUGCAUAAAAUUCUGGACAAAUAUAAGAUCUAAAAGAUCAUCUACAACACUAACGUGGAAUCCCCCAAGUCAUGGUUGGUUAAAAUGGAAUGUAGAUGGAUCCUCAUUAGGUUAGCCGGGAAGGUCGGGGAUUGGUGGUGUGUUGAGAAGUGAGUAUGGCUCGAUAAUAUGCUUUUUCUCAUGCCAUAUUGGAAUUUGCGAAUCAAAUGAAGCAGAGUUAAGAGCUAUUAGAAAAGCUCUGGAGUUAUAUACAUUGUCGGCUUUGCCCUCACAUGUAGGGAUUAUUCUGGAAACAGAUUCUCAAAAUGCUCUCAAAUGGGUCUCAAAAAAUGGAGUCACACCUUGGCGACUUGAACAAUCAAUGAACGCAAUCAGCAUUGCAAAAUUGCAGUUACAAAAUCUCCAGAUACUUCAUAUUCGGCGAGAAAGAAAUGCCAUGGUUGAUCUGCUAGCAAGAGAAGGAGUCAGGCGCUCAUCUGAUUAUGUGAGAUGGUUCUAAAAACAUUGGGGAUUGGGGGUGUGUGUUCUCUUUCUCUGCGUUUUUUGAUCAAUAUGUUGGGUGUUUGUUGGGGUUGCAAACACUGCGUGCGUGUGUUUUGUGGGUUAAACACUGUGUAUAUCUGGGGAUAUGUGUUGUGAUUCUUACACUGGGUGAGUGUGUUUUUGGUCUAAACACUGGGUAUGGGUAACACUGAGGUCUGGGGUGUGUGUUUUACUUCUUUCUCCUUUCGUGUGUUUUUUUUGGUCUUCUCUUUGGGGUCCUCGUGCUGUUUUGCUCCAUGGAAGAGUGGUUUUUUUUUUUGUUUUUUUUUUCCCCUCCUCUUUUGUCCUUUUGUUGCUCCCCUUUCCUCCUUUUUUUUCCUGGUGUCUUCCCCUUUUGGUUUCUUCUUUCUGUGUCUUUCUAUGUGCUCUUGUUGCUAGCACAACUGGUCCUCUCACUUUUGUUUAGGAUCACAACCAGGUGGUAUCAGUACAUGCUAUCAUCAGAUGGCAAGGUGGUUACAAGCACAACCGCAUGGAUGCAUCUUACAUGAGAUACAUGGCAGAGACCUGGGGCUGAAAAUAUAAAUUGAAGAUAUCUUGAGUUUCAUGUUUUCUGCUUCAAAUCUCAGCUUUACUACUCUCAGGUGAAGUUGAAGUUUCAUACGACAAAGUGUGCCUACUCAAAAAGCUUAGCAUGUUAUCCAGCAUACACAUACCAUAAUUUGAAAUUCUGCUCCAAUCCAGCUCAGUUUUUAGUGGUCAUUCAACAUCCACAACCCAGUUUUCAGUUGAAGAUUCAUAAGUCAAAGUGUUCCAGCUCCAAAAGCUCUGCGUUUUGUCCAACAUUCAUAACCCUCGCAAUGGCGAAAAUAACUGCAUUUUAGAUGCCCUAAUCAUGGUCAUCUCCUUUGCAUCUCCAAGAAGUCUCAGAUUUUGCACUUAUUCAUGGCCAUCUCCCAUCAUUUACAACUUGAAGCUCUCCUCCCUUAAAAUGUUUAUGGACAUCAAGUGGAUGCUUAACUAUUUUGUAUUUUUUUGUUUUGAUUCUUGCAUUUUCUCAGGCCAUCUUUUUUCGAUGCCCUGUUUUGUUUCUUGUACUGUUUUCGUUUGUUUGAAUAUAUUGAUAUAUUGUUGCCUACCAAAAAAAAAGA